AUGAAGUCGGCCAAAACAUCCGCGGCGGAUACGCCGUCCAGCAGGCGGUCCCAGCCUGUUCGACAGACUCGCACCAACCCCCCGCGCGUCUCUUCUGGCCUGCGAGGAUCUGGCGGCGGUCGGGACUCGCUCACCGGUGGUUCCUCUUCUGACCAGCCCAUCGACAUCUUUCCCGCCAUUACAUACUUCUCCGAUGCCAUUGCCGCCUUUCCCAAAGAGAUGGUCCGUCACUUUACUCUGCUCAAGGAAGUCGAUGCCAAAAUCGUUGCUCCCGAAGAUGCCCUCUUCCAGCUUGUCGACGCUGCAAUGAGCGCGCCAGCUCCGCAGCCCCGACCGGUUAACGACGCAUCUAGCAGUGUCGCGCCAGCUUCUGCUCCGAUGAGCGCCCAGAACAGCUCCAGCGGAGCCCCUCUCGGAGCCAUUGCCCCUCCUCCUGCUCCCUCAACCGACGGCUCCUACGCGACGUCCAUAUACGAUCCAAGCAACCUGCCACGACGACAGCUCUUCCGACAGACUGCUAUCAAGAUUCAGGAGAUGUUGGGUUCACUGGAAGAGAAGAACCACGUCAUUUCGACCGCGAAUGACGCUCUUCAAAAGCAGCUUGCCCGUAUUGACGACGUCUGGCCCCACGUCGAGAGCGAAUUCAGUGACGAGGCAAAAUGGGGAAGCAAUACACACUGGGCAUACCCUGAGAACAGAGCCGUCAGCAAGGCCGCACAUGCUGAGCGCUCACGGCGCGAGGGCGCUGCCGCUAUUUCCGCCGCUGCUCAGCAGCUCGCUGAGGAAGCAGCUGCCAGAAGCGACGCGCGGAAGCAGGCGGUGCAGGCAAAGAAAAACCAAAAGACGCAGCACCAAGAGACUGAUGGCGACGAUGCCGAGGCUCGACCCAAGCCCGAGGCCGGCAAGAAGGGUCACGGAGGAAGCAAAGCACGCAAAGCGGCCGAGACCGCCGCCAAUGUAGGCCUAGGCAUCUCCACAAAUGGAACAACAAACGGGACGGCGCCGCAGCCCAAGAGACGCAAGGUCGAAAAGACGCCGAGUGGAAACAACGUACCCAGCGCGAUGAGCACCGUGUUUGGAAACAACGUCUCCAAGGCGAAGACGACAAGUCCCAGAGAGACACCAGCUCCGGAGGGGCAGGGCCCGAAGAAGCGAAAGGCCCUACCUUCUGGUACCGGCCAGGCAAAGAAGAGCAAGAACGGCAUUGCGGCCAUGUCCCCGUCCGUCACGUCCUCUCCAGUUCUCAGCACUUUCCCCGAACCACCGCUGCCUCAAGGCUCUCCUGCUCCGACCGUCACUCCAGUGCCCCCGGCGCCUAAAGUGCCGACCGUUUCCCGAGCCAAGCAGAGCACUACACAAGCGGCGGUAGAGGGCGGGAAGCAAUCUCGGCCGCCUUCGUCUGCGUCGACUAAGCCGAACGGAGCGCCGCCAGCGACGCCCGAGGUCGCGCCUGUGACAGCGACGCCCAAGCCUACGGUCGAACCGCAGCCUGCACCUAAAGAGCCAUCCGCACCUCCUGUGCCGGAGAUCACGAAGAAGGAGCCUGAGACAACCGAGACGGCCAUAAAGCCAAGCAUACCAGUAGCGAAGCAGAAGAAGGAAACGCCCAAGCCGGAGGAGCCACAGACCCCGAUUGAGCCUCCGCCAGUACCACAGACAGUCACCGCUGCAACAGUGACAAAGAGCGGGCGUGCCAGUAAGCCGUCAACACCUGCAAUGGCUACAUUCCAGGAGGCGGCACGGCCCAAGUCGGCUCGCAACACCGACAGCACCACAAACAAGCGAAAGAAGAGCAGUUCAGCGGCGGCAACCAAGGCUGCCCCCAAGCCAGCAGAUGAGGCUGAAGAUAGCGAGGAUGCCGAGGAUGCGGAGAUCAGAGCCAAGCGCAGCUACGACUAUACCGAAGACGAGCCAACGUACUGCUACUGCACUAGCGUCAGCUACGGUGAGAUGGUUGCUUGCGACGCAGAUAACUGCGAGAGGGAAUGGUUCCACCUCAACUGUGUUGGUCUCAAGGUAGCACCAAAGGGAAGCUCAAAAUGGUACUGUGAGGAGUGCGUCCAGAAGCUGGCGAAGCAAGGCAAGAAGUUGUCCCACAAGUACAACCUGCUUCCCAACGCCAUGAAUAUUCGCAAGCAGCGGGGUCCGCAGUACUGA